ACCGGUGCGGGAAAAUGUUAUCUGUUAUCAGUGCAAAAUGUGGUUUUUAACAUUGUUUGCCUUCGUGUUACCUUUUCAAACUGCUAGCGGAAAUGGAUACAAUUUUCUGUUCAAUUCUACCAAAUUACCGGCCAAAGCUGUUACUCCUACGUUGGCAAAUGGACAUCUCGGAUUCGUAGUCUACGGUGACUCGGUCCACUUGAAUGGUGUGUACAAUGGACUGAAGGGUGUAAGCCACCGGGCUCGUAUUCCAAACUUCGCCAACAUACAGCUCUUCAACUGUUCGUCAUUGCUUGCACAACCGAAAAACUGCCAUUACCAACUUGAUAUGCGAACUGGGAAGUUUCGUACGACACUCGAAGACCCGGCCGGAGGUUAUCGGGUGCAGCAUGAAGUUUAUCCUAACCGGCAUUUCGACCAAACGAUCGUGAACCGAGUGUACAUAAAAAGGCUGAAUUCGAAGCAAGCAUUAGAAAUCGAAACCCGGCAACUGUCGGGAACGAAAAGCAUCGAUCUGUUGCUGGAACCUAUGGAUCCACUGGAAGUCGGGAGCGAAGUGUUCAUUCUCUUAUGCGGAAAAACAAAACAGGUUGAAGAUCCAAAGUACCAAAAGGAGGGCCAUUCGGUGUGCGUAGCGUACAAGCAAAUCCCGCGCAAGCUAACACUCGCCCCUGACGAAACGGAACGUGAAUUUACUUUCUUCACCGUCUUUUCGCGCUCGCGAGAUGAAGCGCAUGCCGAACUAAAGGGACUAAAAAGUAAUGACCACGAGCGACUGCACCGGUUGGAGAUGGAUCGGAUGUGGCAAAAGUACGGCAUUCGUGUAGAGGGCAACGAUCGGCUAGAUCGCGUAAUAAAAGCGAGCACAUUUUACCUCUCGAGUUCGCUCCCAUCCCAGUCGUCCUUUCAGCCGAGCAGCUAUCCCUUCUACGGACUUUCUCCAUCAGGAUUGGGACGCGGAGGAAAGGAGCUAGCCGAAUACCAAGGCCACAGUUUCUGGGACACGGAGAUGUGGAUGUUCCCUCCGAUUCUACUGCUUGAUCCUGGAAACGCCCGAAAGCUGCUGCAUUACCGUACUCUCGUCACGGAAGCCGCCGCUGAUAACGCACGAAGCAAUGGAUACAAAGGCUGGCAGUACGCGUGGGAAUCGGCCUUUACGGGUCGCGAAGUGACACCGGACUUCUGUCCGCAAGUUCCUGAAUACCAGCAUCACAUAACGGCCGACGUAGCAUACGCUGCUCGGCUCUAUUAUUACGCGACGGGUGAUCUCGAGUGGCUGCGAACGGACGCCUGUCGCUUGGCCUACGAAACGGCGCUCUUUUGGAAAAGCAGGGUUGAUUAUAACCCCGAAACGGACACCUUCGACAUCGGACGGAUAAUGGGCCCGGACGAGGAUCACCAUAACGUUACGAACAGCGUGUACACGAACGUGAUCGCCGCACACAAUCUUUUCUUCGGAGCGUUCGUCGGAUGUCACUGCCGGGCGGAGUUACCUGAAGGUUCCGAUGCAGAGUUUGCGGAAUUUCUAAGGGUGGCCAAAAGCAUCACUCUUCCGUACAACGCCCAGUAUGACGUGCAUCCUGAGUACAAGGAGUACACAUUCGGAACACAAAUCAAGCAGGCUGACGUUGUGCUGCUUGGCUAUCCGCUAGAAUUCCCCAUGAAAGAGUCAACGAAAGCGAACAAUCUGCAGUUGUACUCGAUGGUAACGCGCCCGGACGGCCCUGCUAUGACUUGGGCAAUCCACACGAUAGGUCACUUGGAUUUGAACGAACUUGGUCAUGCUGCUGCCAUGUUCCGCAAGAGUUACCAGCAGUAUCUCAGGGCGCCAUUCUACGUGUGGAGCGAAAACGGGGACGGUGCGGACGGCGCGGGAAACUUCAUAACCGGUGCCGGUGGAUUCCUACAGUCCCUCAUCAACGGGUACGCUGGUGUCCGUCUGAGACAUGGCCAGAUGGUGAUCAACAAUCCGCGGCUUCCACUCGGCGCAACAAGACUCUUCCUGCCGGAGUUGAAUUUUGCCGGGGUACAAUUCGCACUGGAUAUAGGCGCAAACGGUUUCCGUAUUACGUUCGGAUCCAGCGCCGCGGAAUCGUUUGCAAAAUUAAGCCUCCUAGUGGACGAUAUCGAGCGGGAUCUCUUCGAAGGCUGUGAAUACACCGGUGCCAAAUCGGCCAUCCUUUUGCUGCGACCGGAACAAGAUAAAGCAAUGGAGAACGAAUCGUCGUCCUGCACGCUGCAGGAUACCGUUCUUGGUAUGCGGUUAGCCGACCAGGACGGACGCUUGUUCACGACCACGCACCUCAUUGCGGUGUCGCUAGUCGUAGGGCUUCUUGGCGUUUUGUACAGCGUUCGGGUUGCCUUACGCGGCAAGCGAAGCGAAAAAAAAUCGGAGAAGGAAAAGCUCGGUAAAAAAAUUCGUAAAAAACAGAAAAGUAAAUUUACGAAAUAAAAAAACUACGAAAACUUGUUGGGACAGAC